CAAUAAUACAACUCCUCAGAAUCAUGAAGGCAGCCAUGUGUCUGCUGCUAAGAGUGAAGAUGGAUCAGGAACACCUCAGCCCAAAAGACAAGGACUCUUGCCAUCAAGUGGCCCUUGUUCUACUCCCAAGCCCUCUAUCAUCUCUUCAAAAUCGAGCAGCUUUCCUAUCUCCCUAGCAAUGGCCACGAAGCUGCGGCAGAGCCUCUUUGGAAAUACGGUCUAUGUCUUCAGCUGUGAUUGGAAAAAGGCUUGUUUCAGGUUCCAUGAUCCUUUUUCUGACCUGGCUUUUGCUUUGGAAGUGGGAAAGGGAGGUGCCCAAAGCAUUCAGAUGGCUGUACAAGGAUUGAUCAUCAAGUACUUGCUGUUUACAAGGGAGGGGAAAGACUGUAACUUCCACAGUCUAUGUGCAAUAAGCAAGCAAGAGCAGAAGCAGGCCCUGGCUGCGGCACUCGCUGGUAUCCUGUGGGUGGCAGGAGAAGAUGAGAAGGCCACCAUCUGUCUUGUCACUGAGGACACUCAAGUCACCUCGACUCCUGACUAUGCUGGAGACAAUUUCACUGAGAGGCUUCAGCUGUUUGAAGUUUUGGAGAAAGAGGCCACUGAGAAAUUCAUCUAUGAUCAUUUACAAUGUUUCAGUGGGGAAGGAAGCCACGGUGUCAUCCUGUUUCUUUACAGCCUGAUCUUCUCCAGAACAUUUGAAAGGCUUCAGAAGGACCUAGAUGUCUCCACCAUUCAUCUGCUACAACCAAAUGCUGGAGGCUUCCUAUGCAGGCAGGCAGUUUUGAACAUGGUUUUAACUGGAAGAGCAAGUCCACAUGUCUUUAAUGGCUGUCAAAAUGGGAAGUCUCAAGAAAUGCUACAUGGAGUCCCAGCACGCAGUAACAUCGGCUAUUUGCAGUGGGGGAAGCAGACCUCAGAGGAUGGGCUUUCCCAGGUGGGCAGCAUGCUGAAGACUCCCAAAUUGCCCAUUUGGCUGUGCAACAUCAAUGGAAGCUACAGUGUCCUUUUUAGCACAAACAGGCAGCUCCUAGCAGACUGGAAAGCGGAGCAGCGGUUUGAUCUGCACUUGUAUGGUGGGCAGCCUUUCCAGAAAAAGCCUGCCCGUCUUACAGUUGAUACUCACUCUCAUCACUGGGAAAGUGACCAACGUGAGGAGGAACAUGGAUCAGGAAGACGGUUUUCUCCAGUGGAGAUGGCAAUCAGAACCAAGUGGAGAGAAGCCACCAUUAACUGGAAUGGAACUGUUCCCUUUUUCUAAAGAGAAAGCCAGGAUGUGCAAUGAAGUGUCAGAAUGAUGGGAUACAAAGAUCAAUUUGGGGGGAGAUCAUUUCACAUCUACAUUGCCCACAGAAAAACCCCAUUAUAUUUUGGGACACUCUGUGCUAAGCCCUCUGCAGUUGUAGGAGAAACAUGGGCCCUUACUGCAGGGUCUGGGAGCUGUAUCCUCUAUGCACAUGUAGACUACUUCUUUUAUUUUAUUCAAAAGAAAAAUGAAGUCUAUUUCCUGCAUGCUAUUUCCAAAUUGUCCUUUCUUGGUGUGAUUCUGCCCGAGGAUGACAGGGCGGGAGGCUAGCUUUCACUCGGGAUGAAGUCAUUGGGAAUGCAUCAAACUUUUAGUCCUGGCAAGAACUCAAGCUUCUCAAAGACCUCCCGGUGUGGAGAGCAUGCCUUUCCAAGGUUACAUUCCAUGUGCCCACUUUAGCAAGUUCUUGUCAUCAAAAUAAUAAAUGGGCUUCUUCAGGCUUGAUGUGGGUGCUAUUCCUGGUGGGCUGGCGUGCAUAGCAGUGAACUUGUGGGUGCAAAUAGUCAUGGCAAGCACACAGAAGGAGACAACCUUUCAGUGCUGUUUGUUUCUUUUCUUUAUAAGCUGGGUAUAGAUACG